AUGGUCGCCUUUUUAGAACUAACUUCAGCCGUUUCUCAACCUUUCGUCAUCCCAUCUCUUUCGCCAGUUUCUCAACCAAGCUCGAGGAAGAACUCCGAUGCUAACGUCGACGACUUGAACCUGGCCAUCGCCAACGCUGCUCUUUUGGACGCCUCCGCUGCAAAGCACUCCAGAAAAAGCUCUUUGUCGCUGUUGUAG